UUCGUAUAGUCAAAUAAAAGUAUUGAGAGCACUGAGUUGGUAUAUUUCACCAGGAAACGCUCCGACCACGCUUAAGGAAGAAAAGAAUUGGGGAUUCUGCACACUUUUGAUGGUGUCAUCCAGCUAUACAGUCAACAUGGACGGUUUUUACAUAUCAGCUGAUUUUGAUGAGAGAUGCGAAAAAAUAAAAGAAAUAACCAAACUAUUAGAGGAUCUAAAGAAGGAGACUGACGAGAUAGAGCGUGUGUUUAAGGAAAGACUCAUACCUUUUUAUUGCUACAAACAGUCUAUGAACAGAGUGGGGAAUAAAGAACUCUACAAUACUCACUACAGAGAGCUACUCUCAGCAGCAAAUACGAUCGUUUAUAUGUGACUGUUUUAAGAACUAAAAAAUAAUAUUCAUUAUAUUUUUCUCUACAUAUAAAUGUGACAAGAAUGACAAAGGCAAAAGUUAAUGUGAAACAAUCACGUUGUUAUAGAUGGAACAAUACUGCUAAUUCCUAC